UUUUUUUUGGAAAAACAGCACCAUAAAGAGAAUGUCUAGUUGUGCUACAAAUUUAUACAUAUAUGCAUUAAUCAAUGUUGAGCUGGUGUUGAAUGUCUUGUUUUGUGUUUCAGAUGAGUGACGGUCCUCCCCGCGGUCGGGCACGCGGCCGCGGCCUCGAUGUGCCACAGCAGCCUGGCGGUGCAGCAGCUCCCCCUCGUGCUCAACACCUCCGACCUGCUGCUCCAAUGCAACCAAGAAUGCGAUCAGCUGGACCGCAGCCACAAGUGCGCGCACCGCGCCCUGCAGCCCAGCAGCAGCAGCAGCAGCAGUUCCGAGGCAUGCGACCAGCAGGCGGGCCACAGCAUCCCUCACCCAUCACUGAUGCUCCAUCUGCGUGGCAGCGCUCGCCUCACGUGGCGAUGCUACCUCUGCCACAGCCUGGACACGCCACAUCUCGCCAGGCCGCCCCUCCGCUGCCCCCGCCGCAGCAGCCUGCGCCCACUGUCCGGCCCGAGCAACCACCGGCUACGCACGCGUCGCGCGCGUACUGCCGUGGUACGGAGCGCGUGCAGAGCGCUAUACGCAGCGCUCAGCAGACGUCGGGUGAAUCUUCGCUGCCUCUUCAGAUGAGCGCCCUAAGCGUUGAACAGGCGAACAGCGGCAACGGCAGCAAUGGAAACGGUAGCAAUGGAAAUGGCACAACCUCUAGUCGAGGACAUUCGCGUGGCGGUCAUUUCUCUCGCGAAGAUGCCAAGCAAAUGAUCCUGCGACCGCACAACAACUCCAAGAUAGGUACUGGGAAGCUACGACGAACCAACGACAUGAAUCUUCUCGUCAACUAUUUUGAAAUGGAAAAGUGUCAGGACUGGCGACUCAAUUUCUACGCCGUCAUUUACAAUCCCGCCCAAGACGACCGUCGUCAACGUUACAAGAUCAUGGAGCCUCACCUGAAGCAUUUUGGUGGCCAUGUCUUCGACGGCAUGAACAUCUUCUCGCUCAAUUAUCUGCCUAACAAGGAAACUGUGUUCUCUAGCACGACAAGCGACGGUGAUUAUAGCAUCACAGUGAAAUUUGUCAGAGAGUUGGACUCCUUGGAUGAUCAAUUCAUCAGGAUCCUCAACCUCAUACUUCGACGUUGUCAAGCUGCCAUCGGUCUCACGCUCAUCGGGCGUCACUACUUCAACGUCAAGAAUUUCCAAAACCUCGAUGCCGACCUCAAGAUGCGCGUGUAUCCUGGCGUCCAGACCAGCAUCAGGCAGCACGAGGACAAAAUACUUUUGAAUGUGGAUAUAGUUCACAAGUUCCAGCAACAGACUUCAAUUCUGGAUCACAUUAGAACGAUGAGGAAUGACGAUCGCGAUCGCCUACUGAUAGGACAGAUCGCCAUGGCUGAAUACAACCACCUCACAUACCGCAUCGACCACUUCGAUGAUACCAAGAAUCCUAUGUCGACUUUCCAGCACCGCGGCGAGACGGUCACUUUCAAGAAAUACUUUGAAGAUAAACAUCGACGAAUCGUGACGGACCUGACGCAACCGCUGAUCUACAGCAAGCCUACUGGUCGUCAGCUAAGAAGUGGCAUGACGGAAAUCUAUCUGGUGCCCGAGCUGAUGAGGUUGACUGGCAUACCUGAUGACAUCCGCACGAAUUUCCACAAAAUGAAAAGGCUCGUUGACUACACGAAGAUGGGUGUCGAUCGGCGAGUUGCAGCUCUCAAAAAGUUCAACCAAGAUUUGCAAGAAGAUAAGGUGCGCAAGGAUCUAGAGCUAUGGGGUCUAAAGCUGAACACCAACUUGGUGAGCCUGACUUCAGGAGUUAUGAACCAAGAGGAGAUUUUGCUGGCUGGGGGAAUGUCUGCGCAGUACAAAGCUGAUGAUGCGGACUGGACUUUCGGCUGCCGAAACAAGUCAAUGAUGGUGUCGAUUCCUCUGAACAACUGGGUGGUUCUUGUCGGUGGACGGAUUAACGUCGCUGAUGUGAGCGCUUUCAUCCAAAUGCUUCAGCAAGCCGCCCGUAGCGUCGGCAUGAUGAUCAGGCCUCCGGAGAUGGUUCAGGCGAGUGGAAUGCACGAGACGGAGCAGGAGAUCAUGAAGCAUCAGGGCUGCCAGAUGAUCAUGAUCAUCUUGGACCGCCAGUUGCAGAACAAGUACGGGAUGCUGAAGAAGAAACUCGCUUGUAGCAUCGGCGUGCUCAGCCAGUUCGUGCUUGCUUCCAAUGUGAAUCCUGCAAAGAAGGGACUGAUGUCCAUUGCAACCAAAAUCGCCAUCCAAAUGAAUGCCAAACUUGGUGGCGAGCCAUGGCAAGUCAAGCAACCAGCCAAGACGACCAUGGUGAUCGGAUACGACGUGUACCACGACACUGUGACGGCCAGCAAAUCUUAUGGUGCUGUGGUUUCGUCGGUUAAUCCCCAGCUGACUAAUUACUAUGGCCAGGUCACCGAGCACAACAACAAAGAAGAGCUCAGCAAUAACUUCGCUGUCUGCAUUCAGAAAGCUGUGAAGGCCUAUCAUGAGCGCAACAAAUGCCAUCCCCGCAACGUUGUCGUCUACCGAGACGGUGUUGGCGAAGGUCAAAUCGAGUACGUCAAGCAACAGGAAAUUCCAGCCAUAAAGAGCGAACUAGCCAAGAUCAACCCUGGGAUAUGCCUUGUGUUCGUUGUGGUCUGCAAGCGUAUCAACACGCGAAUUUUCCGUGACAUGGGUAGCGGUGGACUCGCCAACCCACCGCCUGGCACCGUAGUCGACAAGACUAUCACGCUGCCUUAUUGUUACGACUUCUUCCUGGUGUCCCAGAAAGUAAGAGAAGGAACUGUCUCGCCUACAUCUUACAGUAUUUUGGAGGACGGCUCUAACUUCUCAGUCGACAUGCUGCAGUGCUUCACGUACAAGCUCACGCAUCUCUACUUUAACUGGCAGGGGACGGUGCGCGUUCCUGCGCCGUGUCUCUACGCCCACAAGCUCGCCUACAUGACGGGUACAGGCACCCACAGCCAGCCUUCACCCCGGGUUGCUGACAAGCUUUGGUUCAUCUAAGUUGCCGAAACGACUUUCUGAGAGCAGUCUUCAAGUAUAACCAUCGUCGCUCAUGAUCACAAGAAGGUGGAGGAGAAUUUAAUCUGCUUGUCCCGUGUUCCGUGCCAGUUUUUGGCUGGGAUAUCCUAAUUUCUUUGUUUAUUAUAACUGUUGAUUAACUACUGCUUUAAUUUUUGCUCACGGAGCUCAAUGCGAUGAGAAGUAGAUUUUUCUUUAAUAGGAAAUCUGACGCCUUAUUUUCUUUCUUUAUCCGGUAGGAAUAUUGGGCAUUUUUUUAGUUUUUUUUUUUUGCAACCGAGCUGAAUUUCAUUCGACAAAGUUUAAGCUCCACUUGCUUCAAAAUCAUACGUUUAUACUUGUUCGGUACUUAUAAACUUGUUCGAGCUUUUUCCCCACAGUGAGCUGAAUUUUUUCAUUUUGUUCUUCGUUUUGCAACAGAGUUACACAUCCGAGGUUAGUUGAGAGCCUCGGCUGUUUUUGAUUUCUAAGUUUAUUCACAUAAGGAACUUCAAAUAACGUGUUUGAAUUAAAUUUGGACCUAAUUUUUUUGGCGUUUUGCAACUCAAGUUGCAUAUCAUCCGAGGUUAGUCUAAGGCCUCAUUUGCUAUAUUCGUUUGAAUUACAUUUGGACCCAAGUUUUUUGGCGCUUUGCAACUCAAGUUGCAUAUCAUCCGAGGUUAGUCUAAGGCCUCAUUUGCUAUAUUCGUUUGCUUGUACUUGUUUGAGCUUGAGUUGACGUUUAGAACAGGAAGUUUGUUUUUUGCUAUUUGUUUGGUUAGUAAACGCUUUGAGUCCUU